AUGACGAUGGAGAACUUUCUGCGGAGCAAGGAGAUGUGGAGUCUGGUGAAUGAAGGGAUUCCGGUAUUGGAAACUAGGACAACACCAGCGAGUGAGGAGAAAAAGAAGGCCGUGGAGGAGGCCAAGCUCAAAGAUCUCAAGGUUAAGAACUAUUUGUUCCAGGCAAUUGGUAGAGAAAUCUUGGAAACAAUUCUUGACAAGGAGACGUCGAAGGCAAUCUGGAACUCAAUGAAACAGAAGUAUCAUGGGUCCAAAAAGGUGAAAAGGGCACAACUUCAAGCAUUGAGAAGGGAGUUUGAGUUGCUUGCCAUGAAAGAAGGAGAAAAGGUAGACAACUUCUUGGGGAGAACCUUGACUGUGGUAAACAAGAUGAAAUCAAAUGGUGAGACAAUGGAGCAGAGUACAGUGGUCAGUAAGAUACUUAGAUCAUUGACUUCCAAGUUUAAUUAUGUUGUUUGUUCGAUAGAGGAAUCAAAUGAUUUAAGUAUCUUGAGCAUUGAUGAAUUGCAUGGAAGUCUGCUUGUUCAUGAACAAAGGAUGCAAGGACACCAAGAGGAGGAACAUGUCUUGAAAGUGGCUCAAGAAGAUAGGUUGGGACACUUUCAAUAUGAGUGUUCUGAUUGGGAAAAGAAAGUAAAUUAUGCUGAGUUGGAGGAAGAAGAGGAGCUUCUACUGAUGGCCUAUGCAGAACUCCAUCAAACAAAGAAAGAAGAGGUAUGGUAUCUUGACUCAGGAUGCAUCAAUCACAUGAUAGGAAACAAAGAAUGGUUCUUGGAUCUGGAAGAAGAUUUCAGUCGGACGGUAAAGCUUGGGAAUGAUACGAGAAUGGCAGUGGUAGCAAAAGGAAGUAUACGACAACUUCAAAAGAAGGGGUUAGCCAUUCUGAUUCAGGAUGGAACUUGCAAAGUAUUUCAUCCUAGGAGAGGGGUGAUUAUGCAGACUGAUAUGAGUGGGAAUAGAAUGUUCUUUCUGUUAGCUUCCAUGGCACCAAAGAGGUCUAUGUGUCUUCAAGCUGAAGCUGUCUCGCAGAAAGAAGCACACAUGUGGCAUUGUCGUUUUGGGCAUCUGAAUCACAAGGGGCUUAGAACACUUUCGCACAAGAAGAUGGUGUCAGAAGCUUUUGUUAAAUUCAAAGAGUAUAAGGCUGGUGUUGAAAAGGAGAUAUGCGCACACAUAACUUGCUUGUGUACAGAUAGGGGUGGUGAGUUCACUUCAAACGAGUUUGAAGAGUUUUGUCGAUCACAGGGUAUCAAUAGACAAUUAACAACAACUUAUACCCCUCAGCAGAACAGAGUCGCCGAGAGGAAGAAUAGGACAAUUAUGAAUGUUGUUCGAUCUAUGUUAAAUGAGACGCAGGUUCCUAAAGUCUUCUGGUCCGAGGCUGUGAGAUGGUGUGUGCAUAUUCAGAAUCGGUGUCCGACAGUAGUAGUUGAAAACAAGACUCCAGAAGAGGCUUGGAGGGGUGAGAAACCAGUGGUUCAUUAUUUUCAAAUUUUCGGAUGUGUAGCACAUGUUCAUGUACCAGAUCAAAGGAGGAGCAAGCUGGAUGAUAAGAGCAAAAAAUGUGUUUUUUUAGGAGUUAGUGAUGAGUCCAAGGCGUGGAGGUUGUAUGAUCCAGUAUCAAAGAAGAUCAUUGUCAGUAAAGAUGUUGUAUUUGAAGAAGAAGAAAGUUGGGACUGGGACAGAACAGAGGAAGAAAUUAAGCUGGAUACACUAGAAUGGGAAGAUGAAGACAAUAAUGAUGGAGAAGAAGACUAG